UUCCGUAAACGCGCGUAUCCAACGCGGAAGCAGACAGAAGGUUUUAGAACCGAGAACAAUUUGCUUGAACAUUCCGGUCGAUUUUGCAACCUCUCUUAUUGCGGUGCGAAACAUUGUAAGUAUGGCUACAACGAUGCCUUCCGUUGCUUCUCAAGUUCCUUUUGCACAUUUGUGUUCAACGUUAGAAAAAAUACAAAAGACAAAGACUCGCCCCGAGAAAGCAAAACAUUUGAAGGAUUUUUUGGACUCCUGGAGAAAGUUUCACAGCGUGCUUCAUAAAAAUGACCCCAACACAACAGAUUCGUUCUAUCCUUCAAUGCGCCUGAUCCUCCCCCAGCUGGAGCGAGAGAGAAUGGCCUAUGGGAUAAAGGAAAACAUGCUCGCCAAGCUGUAUAUCGAUGUUUUAUGUUUGCCAAAAGAUGGUGUGGAUGCAAACAAGCUUCUCAACUACCGAGCUCCUAGCACCUCCCAGGGAGAGGCAGGGGAUUUUGCUGUUGUAGCUUAUUUUGUCCUAAAGAAGCGAUGCACAAAUCAGGGGUGUCUUUCCAUCCAGGAAGUCAAUAACUUCCUGGAUUCGGUGGCCAGCAAUAAUGCUUCUAAAAGAAAAGACUUGGUGAGGAAGAGUCUACUGGACUUGAUAACAAAAACCUCUGCUUUGGAGCAAAAAUGGCUGAUUCGCAUGAUCCUGAAAGACAUGAAGCUGGGCUACAGCAAAGAAACCGUGCUGAACAUUUUUCAUCCAGACGCCGUGGAACUCCACAACGUGACCACAGAUUUGGAAAAGGUAUGCCGGCAACUUCACGACCCAAACGUUUGCCUGUCGGACGUCUCCAUUGCUUUGUUUUGUGCCUUUAAGCCCAUGUUGGCCGCGGUCGCAGACAUCCAUCAGAUUGAAAAGCAAAUGAACAACCAGCCCUUUUAUAUUCAGACAAAAUUAGACGGGGAGCGCAUGCAGUUGCACAAAGAUGGAGACGUGUACAAGUAUUACUCUCGCAACGGUUACGACUAUACCCAGCAGUUUGGUGCGUCACCUUUAGAGGGAUCCUUAACUCCAUUUAUUCACAAUGUUUUCAAACCCAAUAUUGUAAACUGCAUACUGGAUGGGGAGAUGAUGGCUUACAACCCUACCGCCGAGACCUUCAUGCAGAAAGGCAGCAAGUUUGACAUUAAACGCAUGGUGGACGAUUCCGACUUGCAGACUUGCUUCUGUGUAUUUGAUGUACUGCUGGUUAAUGAUCAGAAACUCGGGCACGAGGUGCUUCGUAAAAGACACGAGAUUCUCGAUAGCGUCUUUGCUCCCGUGCAGGGCAGGAUUCACAUUGUCCCCAAAACAGAGGCAAGGACGAAACAGGAAGUGGUGAAUUUUCUGAAUGAAGCAAUUGACAACAGGGAGGAAGGAAUCAUGGUAAAGGAUCCCAUGUCUAUUUACAAGCCGGAUAAACGCGGGGAGGGCUGGUUAAAGAUAAAGCCAGAAUACGUAGAUGGUCUCAUGGAUGAACUGGACAUCCUAAUCAUUGGGGGUUAUUGGGGAAAGGGACUACGGGGUGGAAUGAUGUCCCAUUUUUUAUGCGCAGUUGCUGAAACUCCACCGCCAGGAGAAAAGCCCAAAGUCUUCCAUUCGCUGUGCAGAAUUGGAUCGGGGUAUACAAUGAAGGAGUUGUACGACCUCGGCCUAAAGCUAGCAAAUCAUUGGAAGCCAUAUCGCAAAAAAGAUCCACCGACUUCUAUUUUGUGUGCUACCGAAAGACCAGAGGCGUACAUCGAACCGUGUCAUUCGGUGAUUGUCCAAGUCAAGGCUGCAGAGAUUGUUGACAGCGACAUGUACAAAACUGGAUGCACGCUACGCUUUCCAAGAAUUGAAAAAAUACGCAAUGACAAAGAGUGGUACGAGUGUAUGACCGUGAAAGAUCUGGCCCAUUUUCACUCGAAAGCUUCCGGAAAACUAGCCUCCCGACAUGUAAAACUAAAUGAGGAUGAGCCAGAUAAGAAGAAAAGGAAAGUUACUGCCAAAACGAAGAAGGUCAUCGAUGUCAUCGAUCACUUCAAAUCCCAAGACCUUUCAAACAUUAGCAGAGUUUCCAAUAUAUUUGAAGACGUGGAGUUCUGUAUCAUGAGCGGCAACUCGGAACAUUCAAAGGCAGAUCUUGAAAAGUCAGUUGCCCAGUAUGGUGGUAUUGUGGUUCAGAACCCGGGGAAGGAUACAUACUGCAUCAUCGCCGGUAUCGAGAACAUGAGAGUCAAAAAUGUUAUCGCUGCAAAGGACUUUGACGUUGUCCAAGUCGAGUGGCUGUUAGAAUGCAUAAAUUCUGAAAAAUGUGUCCCGUGGCAGCCCUGUCACAUGAUUCACAUGUCCCCUUCCACACAGCAGCACUUUGCGAAGGAAUAUGAUUGCUACGGUGAUAGCUAUCUUGUAGACACUGAUGAAGAUCAACUGAAAGAGGUGUUUAAACGUAUAAAGAAGGCCGAGGAGAAGAUGUCGUUAGAAGCCAUAGCUGACCUGGAGCAGAGGUACAGCUGGGAGGAUCGCCCCAACAGCAUGUUUCGGCAGUGCAGAGUUUAUCUGGACCAGUAUGCUGAAAUUGGGAACCGAGGAAGCCAAAUUCACGGAUCCAGCUUGAAAAUAAGAGCUUUGGAACUCCGAUUUCAUGGUGCCGAAGUGCUGUCCGAGCUCUUGGAAGGAGUUUCACAUGUAAUCGUCAGAGAUGAAGCUCGCAUCCAGGAGCUGAAAGGCAUCAGGCGAGCGUUUGAAAAGAAGUUUAAGAUUGUUCUGGAAUCAUGGGUAACCGAGUCUAUCAAUGCAGGCUAUCUGAUGAAUGAGAAUGAUUACCUUGUAUAAAGAUCAUGAGCUGAAUGGUAAAUAUUUAUGAAGAUUUUUAAAGAACUGUGGUAUUUUUAACAUGUAUAUUACUGCAAUUAAAUAUAUUUUAAAUAA